AUGAUAUUUUUCAAAAUUCUAAUCUUUCUGCUAUUCAUUCAAUCCAUCAAACCCAAUAAUGUAAUAAUUAGAAAAUUACAAAACGAGGACGUGCAUAAGCAUGAAAUAAGAUUUCAAUUAAAACAACUAUUCUACAAAGUGGAUCGAGAGAAUCGAUUUGAUAACUGUAUUCUCAUUGGACGUGAAUUUACCAUUAAGGAUGUAUUGGUUCCUGAAGUCUUACAGAAAAAUAUGGGAAAGUCGGUGCUAAUUCAAACCUUCGUACGUCAAUUUUGUAAUGGCUGCCUUAAAUUGAAUAAAAACUUUUUGAUUUUCAUCUAUUGGCAAUAUGGGGAUGAGGACAGAUAUGUUAGCUUUUUAUCGCGGGUUUUACAAUAUAAGCUACAAAAUCGCAUUAUUCUAUUGGCGGAACAUAUGUCUCAGGCUUUUGCCAGCAUCGUUGUGUGGCACAUGUUUAAGGCAUGCUCCAAACAGAAAAUAAUUAAUGUCAUCGUUUUGCUGGGAAAUUUCUAUGAAGAUCCAGUAUUCUACGCAUUCGAAAUGUUUCCUGAAUUCGAAGUGGUUACGAAAAGCUUUGGUCAUGAUGUUGGCAACAAUGUUGAAUUCUUUCCCAAUAAAAUGGCAAAUUUGUAUGGUCAUAAAAUUCGAACAUAUCCCGAUCAAAUGAUACCUCGAUCAGCUUUACAUCGCAAUCAAUAUGGGCAGGUUGUAAUGAAGGGUUAUGUGGUGAGUUUUCUCGAAGCAUUUGCCCAGCAAAUCAACGGCUCCCUGUCAUGGCCUCUGUUCCUGCAGGAGGAUAAACCGGUAUUCUAUCAAAACAUAUUCGAUUUGGCCCAAGCUGAUCGCUUCGAUAUACCAGCAGCAUUGGUUCCAGCACUCCACGCUAAUAGUUCAAGGAUAAUGUCUCACUCGUAUGAAGUCAGACCCUGGUGUAUUAUGGUGCCGAUCGAGAAGCCGCAUAGCUAUAAGGAAUUUAUAUACCGUUCGAUGAAUCUACAUUUUUUUCUAAGUUUCAUAUUAUUGAUGUUGGUGUUGUCUAUUAUCCUAGAGCUGGGUAUGAAAAUUUUACAUUUGCAAAGAAACGAACAAUACUCAAUUACUUUGGAUAAACUUAUUCUGAAUACCAAAGUGUUUAGGGGAAUAUUUGGCUGGUCGUUUAAACUACAACCCCAAGCAACGAAAAGUUUAAAAAUAUUAUAUACCGUACUAUUUGUACGAGGUCUACUUGUCACCGUGCAAUUUUCAGCAAUUCUGCAAUCCUUUCUCACACAUCCUCUUACGGUACCAAUCACAAAUUUCCAAGAACUUCGGGCCGCCAAUUUAAAAGUUGUGAUCUUCAAAAAUGAUUUGGACUUCAUUAAACAGAGUCGCGGAUACAACUAUAAACGCUUUCUGCCCGGACUGGAAAUUUACUCUGACUAUGAGAAAUAUCGGCGUCUACAUUCCUCAUUCAACACCUCCUACGCCUAUCCAGUCCAUUAUGCGCAAUGGUAUAUUUACAGUACCCAGCAGAGGAGUUUCUCAAAGCCAUUGUUUCGUUUGAGCAGAAUGUGUCUGCCCAAUAUGGGCAUUACGGGCUUUGUAUUGCCUCAGAAUUCGUUGUACCUACAACCGUUAAAUAAAUUCAUUAUUCGAGCCAAUGAAUUUGGUUUCAACGAAUAUUGGCUACGUCUCAGUUAUAUUGAAUUGAAAAGAAUUG